AUGCAGGACCUUGGUUCCGGGCGCGUUGUAACUUUGCAUAUGUGGAGCCCGAGCGAGGAUGCUACGCUCGGGCCUCCCCACGCACUCUCUCGACCCCACAGUUCAAAGAGAGAUGAACCUUUCAGCAAAAGAUAUUCUGGGAAAUUUUUCAAUGCACUGACCAGCAACACGGGUAUCAACUCAGAUUGUGCGGAUUGUUCAGACCUGGAUUGUGAAAAUUGCCGUGUUCAGAAAAACACUGAUGACAGCGAGAAAAACACCCAGGAACCGAACGCUGGAUUGCAAUGUCCUCCGCCUACGGAAGAACGAUUUGGAAUUUGCGUGGAAAGCUGCUCCAGUGACAAGGAUUGUUCAAAAAGGAACCAACUGUGCUGUUCCAAUGGUUGUGGGCAUUCUUGUGUUGAAGGAAUUUCGAGCAAUUAUUGCUCAUUAAAUUGUAACGACGGUUUCAAAUGCAUCAAGUACUUCCCGAUUUGCUACGGAAGCGCCUGCCCGGAAACACCAACGGCGGAGAUCUGCGUUCCUUCUAAAUAUAUGACAUGUGCGGAAAUGGAUUGCGCUCAUCAUUGUCGUAAUCAGGAAGUCACUUGUUUCACUGCGCCUUGCUAUCCUGUUCCCCAAUGCUCGGCUCCAUCACGUCCAUGAAAAUAUAUUGAGAAUAACCAACCGUUUGACAAAAUGAAUCGCCGAAAGCCUCGACAUUUAUUCUUUCGUUCAUCGUGAGGUUUAUGAAAUAAAAACAUGCUCUUCCGACUUCAGCUGCA